AUGAAGCUCUUUUCAAUUAUCUCUACAGCUUUUCUUAUUACUGCAGUAGCAGCCACCCCUUCGAUCAACAAAGCCGAGAACCGUGAUGUCCAUCAAGGCAUGAAGCGAGAGGCGGAAGACAACAGGAACUAUAUAUGUCCAACCGAUGAAUCUAACCGUUGUUGUGACAUCUGCAUACUUCAGUCUGAGACUGGUUGGAAUAUCCCAACUUGCUGCACCAACUGUGGAUGUACAAAGAACUUUUAG